CAAAUUUCAUAAAUUUCGAAGUAACAAGUUGGAAAUAUUUCUAACACUCUAUUGCACGAUAUUCCGGAUACCGCAUGCAGUUCGAAAUGCAGAAAGAAUCUCGACUCGAAGAUCGCCGCAUAGUGUGCCGAUCAGUCUUCUCCGAGUGUUCGACGCGUUUACGUCGUUCGCGGAAAACACGUGGGCGCACGGACGAAAUGACAAACGACGACUCAUCCGUCGAACUCGGCGUCGCGAUGGAUGGUAAAGAUGCUAAAGGAUUCUUCAAGGAACAAACUGUACGGAGGAUCAAGUCGAUCGCCGGUCACGCGGGCUUGCUAAUCACUCUGAUGCUCUACACCGCGAUCGGCGGACUGGUAUUUCGACAGAUCGAACUUCCAGCGGAGCUCGGGCGGCUCGAACGUUUGCGCGCAAAAUUACGUAUGCAACGAUAUCGUUUCGUCGAGUCCAUUUCCAACAAUACGGAUGUCUUCAAUUUGCAAACCUUGGUAAGCGUGAAAUUGCGCAUCUACGAAGAAGCUGUCCAGGAAGCGGCUCAAGCGGGUUUCUUGGUCAAUUUUGUAACGGAUACCAUGAAUCAUGAGGAUACUCACUCUGAAUUGCCGCCCAUCGUAACCGAAAGGUGGAGCGUUCUCCAAGCGGUUUUCUUCGCCAGCACCGUUCUCACUACGAUUGGAUAUGGCAACGUCGUGCCCUCGACUAAUUGGGGAAGGAUUUUCUGCAUCUUUUUCGCUCUCAUCGGCAUACCUCUCACCUUGAUCGUGAUCGCCGACUUGGGAAAACUAUUUGCGAGGGGAGUGGUACAUAUUGCAUUGAUGCUAAAAUUGAAACUUCCGUUUCGUACGAAACUCUCGUGCGUUCCGACAAACGUAACUGGUCGACGAUCGCUCGGAGCCUGUGCCGCUAUCAUGUUGCUCUUUCUAUACCUCGCCUGUGGCGCCGGUAUGUUUAUGUUGUGGGAAGAUGAUUGGGACUUUUUUGAUGGGUUUUAUUUCUGUUUCGUAACAAUGACUACCAUAGGCUUUGGUGAUCUUGUGCCUAAGAAACCCAAAUACACUUUACUGUGUACUUUGUACAUCUUGGUCGGCUUAGCGCUGACUAGCACCAUCAUCGAAUUAGUCAGACGACAAUAUGCUCAAUCUUGGAGAAGGCUGCAAAGACUGAGUGGUCCAUUAGCUGAAGCUCUCAGGAAACUCGGCGAGCAAGCAGGUGGCGACAUGUCCACAUUACAUUCUGAUUUAAGGAAAGUACUGACAGUAAUAUCUAUGCCGCGUUUGAGAUGGUCUACUUCCAUUGAUCGUGAUGUUACAAAGGACCGGGAUUGGGAGGAAGCUGUGGAGGCGGUGUUGCGUGAUAUUGCUGCAAACGCGACAGUGCCGCCGCCCAAAAAGCCGAUCGUGCAAAUCGUCAUUUAUGAAUCUAGCGUUUAAUGUAUCGUCAAGAAUAUGAUACCUGGAAAGAAACUUGCUGCGUUAAUUUUUGGACGCAUUUUUCAUACAUCUCGUAUCGUAUAUUGUCGCUUGUCUAUGUGCAAUUUAGCUAUGGAGCUUCAUAUUUCGCGCGCUUUAUAUCGUUGUCGCGUCAAUAUGAAGCGGUCGAUGAAAAGCUCCGAAGACGCAAGUUGUGACCGACACGACACGAGAUAGCCGAGGUAGAGAAGUAGAGAGUAAAA